GGCCAGGCCUGCUGGGCUCCGCCUCUUCCCGGUCUAGGGGGCUGCCAGGGACUGACGGACAGACCUAAAGACAGACAGACAGAUGGACAGCGCCCCAAUGGCCACUCCAGGAGAGCCAAGCAUGGGACCCGGAGUCUGGAACCAGACGGAGCCUGAGCCCACCACCGACAGUGUGCUGAGCCUGUGCUUCCUGAAAACAGUAGGAGUCUGGGUGCCCCCCAUGUACCUCUGGGUCCUCGGCCCCAUCUACCUCCUCUACAUCCACCGCCAUGGCAAGGGCUACCUCCGCAUGUCCUCCCUGUUCAAGACCAAAAUGGUGCUCGGGUUCACCCUCAUAAUCCUGUUCACCUCCAGUGUGUCUGUCACUCUUUGGAGAAUCCAGCAGGGGAGGCCCCAGGCCCCGGAAUUCCUCAUUCACCCCACCGUGUGGCUUGCCACUACGACCUUUGCAGUGUUCCUCAUCCAUGUGGAGAGGAAGAAAGGGGUCCAGGCGUCUGGGGUGCUAUUUGGGUACUGGCUGCUCUGCUGUCUCUUGCCAGCCAUCAGUGCCGCCCAGCAGGCCUCGCAAGAGGGCUUCCAGAGCGACCCCUUCCGCCACCUGUCGACCUACCUGUGCCUGUGUCUGGUGGUGACCCAGUUUGUGCUGUCCUGCUUGGCUGAUGGACCCCCCUUCUUCCCCAAAGAACCCCCACAGUCUAAUCCAUGUCCUGAGGCUGGGGCCUCCUUUCCCUCCAAGGCCAUGUUCUGGUGGGUUUCUGGGCUGGUCUGGAGGGGCUACAAGAGGCCACUGGGACCAAAAGACCUGUGGUCACUUGGGAGAGAGAACUCCUCAGAAGAACUUGUUUCCCAGCUGGAAAGGGCAUGGACAAGGAACCGCAGUGCAGCCCAGAGUUCUGGAGGCUGGAAGGUCCGAGAGCAAGGCACCAGCAGACUUGUUGUCUGGCACACGGAGAGGGCAGCGUUUGAAGGGAAAGGAAGCCUCCACCACGGCCAGGACGCCUCUGAGACCGAGGCCUUCCUACAGCAGAAAGGGAGCAGGAGGGGCCCGCUGCUGAGGGCCAUCUGGCAGGUCUCCCGCUCCACCUUCCUCCUGGGGACCCUCAGCCUUGUCAUCAGUGACGUCUUCAGGUUCACUGUCCCCAAGCUUCUCAGCCUUUUUCUGGAGUUUAUCGGGGAUCCCGCGGCUCCGGCCUGGAAGGGCCACCUGAUCGCGGUGCUGAUGUUCAUCGCCGCCUGCCUGCAGACGCUGUUCGAGCAGCAGCACAUGUACAGACUCAAGGUGCUGCAGAUAAGGCUGCGAGCGGCCAUCACCGGCCUGGUGUACCGGAAGGUCCUGGCUCUGUCCAGCGGCUCCAAAAAGACCACCGCCGUUGGGGACGUGGUCAACCUGGUGUCUGUGGAUGUGCCGAGGCUGACCGAGAACAUCCUCAACCUCAAUGGGCUGUGGCUGCCGCUCGUGUGGAUCGUCGUCUGCUUUGUGUAUCUGUGGCAGCUCCUAGGACCCUCUGCCCUCACGGCCAUCGCUGUCUUCCUGAGCCUCCUCCCUCUGAAUUUCUUCAUCACCAAGAAGAGGAACCACCAUCAGGAAGAGCAGAUGAGGCAGAAGGACUCUCGGGCACGGCUUACCAGCUGCAUCUUCCGAAACAUGAGGACGGUCAAGUGCCACGGCUGGGAGGGGGCCUUUCUGGACAGAGUCCUGCGCAUCCGGGGCCAGGAGCUGGGUGCCCUGAGGACCUCUGGACUUCUCUUCUCUGUGUCUCUGGUGUCCUUCCAAGUGUCCACGUUUCUGGUGGCGCUGGUUGUGUUUACUGUCCAUACUUUGGUGACCGAGGAGAAUGCCAUGGACGCCGAGAAAGCCUUUGUGACCCUUACGGUUCUCAACAUCCUCAACAAGGCGCAGGCUUUCCUGCCCUUUUCCAUCCACUCCGUUGUCCAGGCCCGGGUGUCCUUUGACCGUCUGGCCACCUUUCUCUGCCUGGAAGAAGUUGACCCUGAGGCUGUGCACUCAAGUCCCUCCAGAUGCUGUGAGUGCCGAGCUGCCAGGGAGGAUUGCAUCAGUGUGCAAGAAGGCACCUUUGCUUGGUCCCAGGAGAGCCCACCCUGCCUGAACAGGAUAAACCUCACCGUGCCACAGGGCUGUCUGCUGGCUGUCGUUGGUCCUGUGGGGGCUGGGAAGUCCUCCCUGCUCUCUGCCCUCCUCGGGGAGCUGUCAAAGGUGGAGGGGUCCGUGAGCAUCAAGGGUCCUGUGGCUUACGUGCCCCAGGAGGCCUGGGUCCAGAGCUCGUCUGUGGUGGAGAACGUGUGCUUCAGGCAGGAGUUGGACCCACUGUGGCUGGAGAGAGUCCUGGAGGCCUGUGCUCUGUGGCCGGAUGUGGGCAGCUUUCCUGCGGGGGUCCACACCCAAAUUGGGGAGCAGGGCAUGAAUCUCUCUGGGGGCCAGAAACAGCGGCUGAGCCUGGCCCGGGCCGUGUAUAGGAAGGCCGCCGUGUACCUGCUGGAUGACCCCCUGGCAGCCCUGGAUGCCCAUGUUGGCCAGCACGUCUUCAACCAGGUCAUUGGGCCCAGUGGGCUGCUCCAGAAAACGACACGGAUUCUCGUGACCCACGCCCUCCACGUCCUGCCGCAGGCUGAUUGGAUCGUGGUGCUGGAAGAUGGGGCCAUUGCAGAGAUGGGUUCCUACCAGGAGCUUCUGAACAGGAAAGGGGCUCUGGUGGCCCUUCUGGAUCGAGCCAGACAGCCAGGAGAUAGAGAAGAAGGAGAAACAGAACUCACAACCAGCAUUGAGGACCCCAGAGGGUCUGUUGGAAGCAGGAGGCCCGUGGGUGGACCAGAGAGGUCCCUGAAGUUAAUCCCUGAGAAGGACAGCACCGCCGCAGAGGCCCAGACAAGGGCUCCCCUAGGGGACCCUGACAGGGCAGGCCCGCCAGCCGGGAAGGACAGCGUGCAGCACGGCAGGGUGAAGGCCGCCAUGUACCUGACCUACGUGCGAGCUGUGGGCACCCCACUCUGCCUCUACGCACUCUUCCUCUUCUUCUGCCAGCAAGUGGCCUCCUUCUGCCGUGGCUACUGGCUCAGCCUGUGGGCGGAUGACCCCACCGUGGGCGGGCGGCAGACACAGGCGGCUCUGCGCGGCUGGGUCUUUGGGCUCCUGGGGUGCCUCCAAGCUGCAGGGCUGCUCGCCUCCAUGGCCACAGUGAUCCUCGGGGGCAUCCGGGCGUCCAGCCUGCUCUUCCAGAGGCUGCUGUGGGACGUGGCACGGUCUCCCAUUGGCUUCUUUGAGCAGACGCCCGUCGGGAACCUGCUGAACCGCUUCUCCAAGGAGACAGACAUAGUAGAUGUGGACAUCCCUGACAAACUCCGGUCCCUACUGAUUUACACCUUUGGGCUCCUGGAGGUCAGCCUGGUGGUGACAGUGGCCACCCCGCUGGCCAUCAUGGCCAUCCUGCCACUGAUGCUCCUCUACACUGGAUUUCAGAGCCUGUACGUGGCCACCUCGUGCCAGCUCAAACGCCUGGAGUCGGCCAGGCACUCCUUCGUGUGUUCCCACGUGGCGGAGACAUUCCAGGGCGGUGCAGUGGUCAGAGCCUUCCGGGCCCAGGGCUCCUUCAUGGCUCAAAACAAUGCCCAUGUGAAUGAAAGCCAGCAAGUCAGUUUCCCACGGCUGGUGGCUGACAGGUGGCUUGCUGCCAAUCUGGAGCUCCUGGGGAAUGGGCUGGUGUUUGCUGCUGCCCUGUGCGCUGUGCUGAGCAAGGCCCAUCUCAGCGCUGGCCUCGUGGGCUUCUCUGUCUCCGCCGCCCUCCAGGUGACCCAGACACUGCAGUGGGCUGUUCGCAGCUGGACAGACCUGGAGAGCAGCAUCGUGUCGGUGGAGCGGUUGGAGGACUAUGCCCGGACACCCAAGGAGGCACCCUGGACGCUGCCUACGUGUCCAGCCCAGCCGCCCCCCUGGCCUCAUGGGGGGCAAAUUGAGUUCCGGGACUUGGGGCUGAGGCACCGACCUGAGCUCCCACUGGCUGUGCGGGGUGUGUCCUUCAAGGUCCACGCAGGAGAGAAGGUGGGCAUCGUUGGCAGGACGGGGGCCGGGAAGUCCUCCCUGGCCGGGGGCCUGCUGCGGCUCCUGGAGGCAGCUGAGGGUGGGAUCUGGAUCGACGGGGUCCCCAUCGUCCACGUGGGGCUGCACAUGCUGCGGUCCAGAAUCACCAUCAUCCCCCAGGACCCCAUCCUGUUCCCCGGCUCUCUGAGGAUGAACCUGGACAUGCUGCAGGAGCACACGGAUGAAGCCAUCUGGGAGGCCUUGGAGACGGUGCAGCUCAGAGCCUUGGUGGCCAGCCUGCCCGGCCAGCUGCAGUUCACGUGUGCUGACCAAGGUGAUGACCUCAGUCUGGGCCAGAAGCAGCUCCUGUGUCUGGCACGUGCCCUUCUCCGGAAAACCCAGAUUCUCAUCCUGGACGAGGCCACGGCCGCCGUGGACCCGGGGACGGAGCUCCAGAUGCAGGCCGCCCUGGGGAGCUGGUUUGCCCAGUGCACAGUGCUGCUCAUUGCCCACCGCCUUCGCUCCGUGAUGGGCUGCGCCAGGGUGCUGGUCAUGGACAAGGGGCAGGUGGUGGAGAGUGGAAGUCCUGCCCAGCUGCUGGCCCAGAAGGGCCUGUUUUACAGGCUGGCACAGGAGUCAGGCCUGGUCUGAGCCCAGACCCCUCAGCCCUCCUGCCACGCCAACCCGGACAGACGUGCGAUGCCCUGGAGAUACGAGAGACCUGGGGGUCAUCAGUGGCACUGUGGUUUUUGGUCCAGACCCCUCUCUGCUCUCUGGGGGCGGGGCGGGGGAGAAUGGCAGGGAAAGUGGACGCUCAACCAUGGCAGACCGGGAGGAUGCAGCAACCCCCAAGGCUGGCCUGACCAGAGCCCAUCCAGCCUUGUCCACCCUGGAGCCGGAGUGGACAGCGGCUCUCAGCCCUGGCUGCCCACUGGACUCACUCGGACCACAGGACCUGCCCACACCCAGGCUUCACUGCAGAUGGAUGAAAUCAUUAUCCUUGGGGCUGGGGCAAUGCUGUGUGUCCUUUUCCAAAUUAACCCUUAUUUUGAGAUGACUAACUGCAGACUGACAAGCAGUUGUAAGAAAUAAUCAGCAGAAGGCCCGUGUGCCCUUUCCCUGUUCCCCCCAAAAGCAACGCCUUGAAAAAUGCUAGUACGAUAUCACACCUGGAUGUGGACAUUGGCACAAUGCACCGAUCUUGCUCAGAUUUCCCA